AACCUUCCCCCUCGACACAGAGCCUCCAGCGACGCUGGGUCACUGCACAAUUACCCAAUAUACGCUGCCGCCACAGGAGUUGAUGUUGACGAUUUGCCAUUGAGCAAGAGAAAGGAACUUAUCCGACAGAGUAGCUUGAGCCCCUCAAACUCAACACCAUCUCUCCAGCGUCUCAGUGGUAGCAGCAACUUCAAUAGCUUCAACACUUCAGAGGCGCUUUUGAACUCUCAUCAACCUCAGCGCGUGUCGACACUCCCCACGUCUGCUGCCCGUGAGAAUGCACUUGCCAACUUUCGACAGUCAGUUCAACAGGAGCUACGCUCAGGCACACCUGUCAUCAGUACCUCCGGCCGGGAGACCCCAUUCACCCCGUCAUCUCUCUUGGCCAGUCGGGAAGUUGAGGUCCAACGCAAUGUUGAUAUGAGCCGAAAUAUCCUGCUGAGUCAGAAGCAAGCUGAGGCACAGCGUCGCGAAACACAACAGCGAGAGAAAGAAUGGGCUGACAAAGCCUUUGACGAACGUAUGCGAAAUGGAGACCUUCUCGAUGUACACCGUGAGGCUAUGCGCAAACUUCAAAAGAACGCCAGGGAAAAGUAA